AUGUACUCAAUCAGAAUCCUGCCCACCAUGAAUCCCCGCGAGCAGCGCGAUGAAGAUGGAGUGGAAGAUAUGACACAGCUAGAGGAGAUGCAUGAAGGAGCUGUUCUGCUGAACCUGAGGAAACGAUCUGAGAGGAACCUUAUUUAUACUUACAUAGGUAGUAUUCUGGUGUCUGUGAACCCCUACAAGAUGUACAACACCUAUGGGACGGACAUGGUGUUGCUGUAUAAGGGUCAUGCUCUGGGGGAGAACCCUCCGCAUUUGUUUGCCAUAGCAGAUGCUGCUUAUUCCAAAAUGGUGGAUGCCAAACACAACCAGGUCAUAAUAAUCAGUGGGGAGAGCGGGUCGGGGAAAACGGAGGCCACCAAACUAGUCCUUCGCUACCUCGCAGCAAUUCAUCACAAAUGCAAUCUUGUGCAACAGAUCCUCGAGGCAGCUCCUCUGCUGGAAUCUUUUGGAAAUGCCAAAACUGUACGGAACGAUAAUUCAAGUCGCUUUGGGAAAUACAUAGAGGUUUUUCUGGAGGAUGGUGUGAUCAGUGGUGCCAUAACCUCUCAGUAUCUACUGGAAAAGUCCCGUAUCGUCUUUCAGGCCAAAGAUGAGAGGAACUAUCACAUCUUCUACGAGAUGCUGGCAGGUCUUCCCUCACAGCAGAGGCAGGCUUUCUAUCUUCAAGAGGCUGAGACCUAUUAUUACCUCAACCAGGGAGGUGAUUGUGGAAUAACAGGAAAGAAUGACGCGGAGGACUUCUUGCGUCUGAUCGCUGCCAUGGAGAUCCUUCACUUCACCCCCGAGGACCAGUCGGCCAUCUUUAGAGUUCUUUCUUCCAUACUCCACCUGGGCAACGUCUACUUCCAGAAAUACGAGUCCGAUGGCCAGGAGGUGGCGGCGGUGGUGAGCGCUCAGGAGAUCAGAGUGGUGGCAGAGCUGCUGCAGAUCUCUCCGGAGGGACUACAGAAAGCCAUCACCUACAAAGUCACGGAGACAAUGAGGGACAAGAUCUACACACCAUUGAGUGUGGAAAGUGCUGUUGAUGCCAGAGAUGCUGUUGCCAAGAUCCUGUACUCGCUGCUCUUCCAUUGGUUAACGGAGAGGAUCAACGCCCAGGUGUACCCCUGUCAACACAGCCUCUCCAUCUCCAUCCUGGACAUCUACGGGUUUGAGGAUCUGGCCUUCAACAGCUUUGAGCAGCUUUGUAUUAAUUAUGCAAACGAGUACCUGCAGUUCUUCUUCAACAGGAUCUUGUUCAGGGAGGAACAGGAGGAGUACAGCCGGGAACAGAUUCCCUGGCAGAACAUCCCUUUCAGCGACAACCAGCCCUGUAUUGACCUCAUCGCCGCUAAGCCUCAUGGAAUACUGAGGAUCCUGGACGACCAGAGCUCUUUCCCACAGGCGACAGACCACACGUUCCUCCAAAAGUGUCACUAUCACCAUGGCAACAACCCGUUGUAUCAGAAGCCAAAGAUGCCCCUCCCAGAGAUGACCAUCAAGCACUUUGCCGGCCGGGUCACCUACCAGGUUCAGAAGUUCCUCGAUAAGAACUACGACCAGGUCCGUCAGGAUGUCCUGGACCUUUUCAUUCAGAGCAAGAACAAGAUGGUGUCAAACCUCUUCCUGAGUCACGCAGAGGUCACAGGUCAGCAGAGAGGAGGUCGCAUGAGGAAGAGCAGCACAGUCACCAGAAAAUACCAAGCUCCCACCGUCAGCAACAAGUUCCAACAGUCCCUGUUCGAGCUGGUGGAGAAGAUGGAGAGGUGCAACCCUUUUUUUGUUCGCUGCAUCAAGCCAAAUAACAUGAAGCGGCCAGGUGUGUUUGAGGACGACUUGGUCAUCAGCCAGCUGAGCCACUGCGGGGCCCUCGAGACCAUCAGGAUCCGUCGAGAGGGGUAUCCUGUCAGGAUGCCAUUCUACGAAUUCCUCUUCAGGUAUAAGUCUCUGGUGGGGAUGCGAGAACCUCCAGCUGCAAACGGAGAGAACUGUGUGAUAAUGCUCAGUAAGCUGUGUCUGCUGAGACCAGGAGCUUAUCACAUAGGAGUCACAAAGAUGUUUCUGAAGGAGGACAUCUACCAACUGUUGGAGAGUAAGCGGGAGCGCUCCCGCCAGCUGGCGGCUCUCACCUUGCAGCGGUACAUCCGCAUGUUCUUCGUGAGGAAACGCUUUGUGGCCUUCCGCAAAAAGAUCAUCGGGCUGCAGGCCCAGUGCCGAGGCUUCCUCGCAAGGAAACGCUAUGUGAAGACGAGGGAGAGCCUAGUUCGGUUCCGCUCUUACGUCCACAUGUACGUCAACCGCAAGCAAUACAUCAAGUGGAAGUUUGAGGAAAAGAGGAAAGCUGAAGAGGAGAGUAGGAGGAAAGAGAUGGAGCUGACCAAGAGGGAGGUGGUUAAUGUCACACACUUGGUGAUUCCUGCAGAGCUGGGCGCGUUGCUGCAGGCGGCAGGAGGUCCGAGGGAGCUGCACUCAGACUGUCUGGCUCUGCUUCAAGCUCCUCAUAUCCAAGAAGUAGCUGAACUCACUCUGCCUCUGGACAUCAACAACUACCCGUUCUACCGCUAUGUGCAGAUCUACUUCAGGGAACCAAAGUUUGGGAUGUUGAUGGCACCUCUGGAGUCACCUCUGACCCGCGUGGAGGACGACCUGAGAGCAGAAGCCGUAGAGCUCUUCAUCAUGGUAUUACGAUUCAUGGGGGACCCUCACCUCAACGGGGCACAGGAAAACAUCUUUGGGAAUUACAUCAUCCAGAGGGGCCUGUCAUCUCCCGGGUUGCAGGACGAGAUCCUGGCUCAGGUGGUCAACCAGGUGUGGAGGAACGUUAACUACGACAACGCCGAGAGGGGCUGGCUGCUGCUGCUGGCUUGUGUUUGCUGCUUCGCGCCGUCGACCAAGAUGGAAAAAUAUCUACUGAAGUUUGUCUCUGACCACGCCCCUGCUGGCUGCCAGGCGUUACUGCAACACAGACUUAUCCAAGCCAAUCAGAAGACACAGCUGGGGUCCGGCUCCGCCCCCGAGACGGCGCGGACCUAUCCGCUGUCGCUGCUGGAGUGGACGGCCAAUAGGAAGAAGGCCAGCAUGGUGUUACACGUGCACUGUUUUGAUGGUGGAUCGUUCUUGUGUCCGGUCCAUUCCUGGACCAGCGGAGAGGAUUUAGCAGCCGAUGUGCUGCGCCACAGGGGAGUGUCGGACUGGUGGAGGGGGAGUUCCGUCCUGAUGAAGGAGCACGGCCAGUGGGUGGAGUUAGCGGCUCACGACUACGUGAUGGACCUGAUCGCCGACCUGGAGCUGCCGCCUGACUUCCCGAAGCAGAAAAGCUUCUUCGUCAUCAGCACCGACGACCCCGCCGGGGUCAGAGCCAAAGCCGGCCUUGCCAUGUUUGGCAGCGGCUUUGAGUCGGAUGAGGAGCUCCCUCCGGCCUUCCCACUCCGCACGAGCGGACCGGCCUGCAGUCUGCACGACUCUGACGGUUACUACAGCCACGAGUCGGACGCUUUCAGCGACGGUCAGACUCAGAGAGGAAUGGACCGCUACCUGGACAGCCUGUUCGACCCCGUGCUGUCAGACAGCAGCGUGGACAUUGAAAAAGCAGGAGGUUUGUCAGCGAGGAUGAAGGGAGGAGGAGGUAUCGGCAUCACCGGAGGAGGCAGAGGAGAAGAGGAGAGUCAAACGCCUUCCAGCCGACCUUUUCCACCAGGAAUACAUCCCGGAGCUGUGCCGGUGCUUCCGGUAGCAGGAGGAAUGAUGCCCCCCAUCCCUGCCAUGCCCAUCCCCUCCCACCACCAUCACCAAGCAACAGCAGCAGCCUCAGCAAUUCCACCAGGAUCACGUAGCUUCCCCGCCCUCGCCCCCGGUCACGCCCGCGAUUCCGGGCUUUCCGGUGAUGACGGGCUUUCCAGUUAUACCUUCCUAGGAUCGGAGCACACGGUACUGACCCAACAGCAACAGGCCAUCAUCAACCAGCAAGCUAUCAUUCUGGCCCAGCAGAUGACCAUGCAGGCCAUUGCGAUCCAGCAGCAGAUGCUGUCUUCCUUCCCCCCCAAUGCCCCUGCGCCCCAGUCACCCCCCUCCCACCAUCACACACACCCGCCAGAAGAGUCGCCGUACAGGUCUGCUGCUGUUCAGCGCAAGACGAGUCCCACACGUGGCCCCCCUCCGGAGGAAGUGGUCCGAUCCAGUGGGAGUAACUCGGAGCGCAUCGAUCCCAGCCACAACAUCAAAGACAUCAUCAAACACCACCAGCCUGCUGACGUCACCACCUCUGCUGGACCCGCCGCUCCGAGGAAAGGGGAUGGAAAUAUGUUUGCCAAGAAGCCGGACCCACAUGAUGAAGCUAUGGAGAUCCUUAAAGAUCAGAUGUCAAACCCACCACAAGCGACGCAAAGGAAGCCUCAAUCCUUCCUGCGUAAAGAAGAGGGAGGAGUUAAGGUUUCCAAGACAACCACGUCUCGCCCCGUGGGGCCAACUAGCUUGAGCCUAAGCCCCGCCCCCACUCCAGUCUCUAGGGAGUUGCCAGUAGAGGAGGAGAUCAUUCAGACUCAACUUCACAGCAGGACUAGUGAUGAAUAUUAUACGUACUCUAACGUCCCGUGGAAACUCUACAUGAGGAAAGAGGUUUUCUAUCCGAAAGAGACCUUGAACAGUCCGCUGGUUCUGGACCUCAUUUUCAGACAGGUUGUACACGACACCUUCUCUGAGGCCUGCAUCCGAAUCACCCAGGAGGAGAGACAGAAGAUGAAAGCCUUAUUUGCCGAGAACAAAGUGGAGCAGAUGUCAGGAACCCACGACGAGAGCGCGAAGAAGAAAGUGGUCGGGAUGGCCAGAGACUUGUGGGAGAUUUACUUCUCCCGCCUCUUCCCAGCCUCUGGCAGUGUGGGCACAGGAGUGCAGGUGCUGUCCGUGUCUCACAAAGGCAUCAAGCUGCUGAGGAUGGUGAGGAGCAGCUCUGCUGCUUCAGACUACUUCAGAGUGCUGAGGCCUUACAGCUACUCGGACAUCCUGUUUGUGUCGAUUCCCUCUAAGAACAUGCUAGAGUUCAACCUGACCAACGAGAAGCUGAUCCUGUUCUCGGCGAAGGCCCCGCAGGUCAAGCACAUGAUCGACUACUUCCUCACGGAGCUGAAGAAGGACUCGGAGUACAUGGUGGCGGUGAGGAACUCCGUCACCGAGGACAGGACGCUGCUCAGCUUCCACAAAGGAGACAUCAUCAGACUGCAGCACAUGGACGGGCUGGAGGCCGGCAAACAUUACGGCUGCAUAGUGAGGAAGAAGGUCAUGCUUCUGGAGGAGCUGAAGAGGGACACUCUGGAGUUCGGCUGGCGGUUCGGGGCUGUCUACGGAAAAUCCGGAGUGUUUCCCAGCGAGUACGUGCGCUCUGUGGCCGCCCCGGACUUCCUGGCUCUCCCCGCUGAGCGCGUGGAGCCUCGAGACCGACAGGGACGAGUCGCCGCCUCGGCGGCCAUCGCCGUGGCGAUGGGCUCGGCCGUAGCCGCCCAUGAGCUCGACCUCUCCACAGAGGUCGUAAAUGAGGUGUACGGGGACGGCCUGAGCGUCGGACUGGACGAUCUGCCUCUCCACGGCGGUCAGUACCACAUGACCGAGUUCGCCAAGAAGUACUUCAGAGAGGCGCAGAGGAACAGAAGUGAUCAUAAAGCCAAAAAGGGGAAGGAGGGCAGGGACCCUGUGGACAUGGUCAGGUUCUCCAAGUCUCCGAUCCAGGAGUCUCUGAUCGACUUCUCAGACAGCGGGAUGAACAGGAUGGCUGCCGACAUUUUCUUGGCCAUAAUGAAGUUCAUGGGAGACUUCCCGCUGAAAGGUCAGACGGAACAGGAUCUGGUCACCACUAUACUGAAGUUGAGUGGCGAACAUGGCCUGAUCAAGGAUGAAGUCUACUGCCAGUUGAUGAAGCAAGUCACCAGCAACACCAGCGCCAAACCGGACAGCUGUCAGAGAGGCUGGAGGCUGCUCUACAUCCUGGCAGCUUUCCAUCGCUGCUCCGAUGUCAUGAAGCCGUUUGUGUUGAAGUUCCUGCAGGACGCCUGCGACAGCCCCGGGAUGCAGUACCAAGGCGUUGCUAAGGCUUGUGAGCAGAAUCUGAGGAGGACUUUUCAAUACGGCGGACGUAUUCAGUAUCCCAACAGCAUGGAACUCAAGGCUAUGCUGGCCGGUCGGAGCUCCAAGAGACAGGUGUUCCUGCUGCCAGGUGGGAUCGAACGCCACCUGAAGAUCAAGACGUGCUCGGUUGCUUUGGACGUCAUCGAGGAGCUCUGCUACGAGAUGGAACUUCACAGGAUGGAGGCUUUGGAUGAAUACGCCGUCUUCUUGGUCACACACAAAGGUCAGAAUGUGCGUCCUCUGAACAAGCGGGAAUACAUCCUGGACAUCGCUACGGAGGCGGAGCCAGUGGACGCCAACUACAGUCUGUGGUUCAGGAGGGUCAUAUGGAGUCAGGCUCUCAAACUCGACAACGAACUUUACGUGACCAUGCACUACAACCAGGUGCUGCCGGACUACCUGAAGGCCUUGAUGAGCGUGGUGCCUCACGGCAAGGCCAGCGACCCGCAACUGCAGCAGAUCGCCAGACUGGCCGCCCUGCAGCACCGUGCCAAGGACACCGUCUACCUGCCCACGCUCCGCGAGGUGCAGGAGUGCGUCCCCCCGCAGUUCUACAGCAAACAGGGUUCACAGCUUUGGCUGAACAUGACGAUUCAACACAUGCAGCAGGUCCAGCCCCUAAACCCACACCAGGCCCGUGCACAGUUCCUCGGUCUGGUCAGUGCCUUCCCCAAGUUUGGCUCCUCCUUCUUCUACAUCCAGAGCUGUAGCUCCUCCUCCAUCCACGCCCCGUGCAUCCUGGCUGUAAAUCUGAACGGACUUCACUUUCUUAACAAGGAUACUCACGAGGCGAUGGUGCGUUUCCCUCUGAAGGAGGUGCAGUCAACUCGAACUCAGAGGCCGAAUUCAGGCUCCAGUUAUCCGUACGUGGAGAUCAUGAUCGGAGACCUGCUGAACCAGCGCAUCACACAGCUGCAGCUGGAGCAGGGCCUGGAGCUGUGCCGAGUCGUCGCCAUGCACAUGGAGAACAUGUUGUCAGUCAGAGAAAAGAGACUCACUUUGCCACCAAGUGAAAUCACCCUUCUAUAAGAAAAAAACCCUUCUCACACACACGCACACACAGAGAAGUCACGCUUUAUGCCUCAUAAAUUAACUGCAUCUACCUCUGCUUAGAAAAUAGAAUAGAUUGAUGCUUAUAUGGUACAACAGGUAAACUCACUGAGCUGCAAGAUUAUUGUCUUCAUUAAUCAUUCUAUAUAAUCCAUAUAUCCGAUAAGUGCGAAAUAUUAAAAGCAAAACUCCAAACCCUAAAUAUGUUGUAAAUAAAACUGGAUAAAAAGCAUCACAUUAUAUUUAAUAUUCAUAUUUUGAACACCGGAACAAUUCAAUUUUGGGGUAUUUCACUUUGAGAGUUAAAUGUUUUCACACAAAGUCAGAUAUCCAUAAGGGACCAAACCUAUUGUUUUUAGUUUACAUUUUUUUCUAGCCAAAACUUUGUCUUUGCCAUUGCUGCUUUAUAGGGGGGAAAAGUGCAAUAGAGGAGGCCUGAUUAAUUUACUUAACUUCCCCACUUCAGCAGAGUUGUGUUGGCAUUGAUCUGAAAUGUGAUCUUGCACUGAACACGUGUAAAAUAUGGUGUGGUUUUCUCUCUACAAAUUGAAAUGUGAAACAUAAGUGGAACCGUAUGUUCCCAGAAACAUUAUUAGAUGCUUGUGGUUUGACACGAUACAUAAACUUUUCUUUGGGAUAAAAAAGCAUACAAUACAUUUUUUAUGAACCCUUUUUUCUGAUGAAAAAAAGACAGAUAAUUGAGGGAAAGCCGUGAUGAGAAAACGUGUGGCGCACAGAUAAAGGCCACAACACUGAAGUUUUUGCACUAAUUAGAUUAAUUAUUUAUACAAUGUUUUUGUAAAUAUCUGUUGUACAUAACCAAUGAAUGUGAUUA